GGUGUAACAAAAGAAAACAAUAGUCUUUCAACCGUUUUUUCUGGCGAGCAAGGAAUUGGUACUCAUUAUGCUGCUGUGCCUGAUGCUUUCGUGAAUUUUCAAUUUGUUCUUGUGCUUUUUCACUUUGCGUUUUCAUCGUUGAUCGCCGUUCUUUUGGUCGUCGACAAGAUAGAGUACCAUUAUGAAAUUAACCUGAAGGGCCGAGGAGCCAAUAUUCAAACAAAUCUCCUUGAGGGCUGAUUCAAUACAUUCAUUCGUAGCGACUGGGCGUCGCUUUUUAUUUGACAAUAUGUCGACGAGCGCAAACCUGCCGGCAGGAUUUUCAAUUACUUCAAUAAAUGGUGUGAGAUGUACUGCUGUCCCAAGGUCGGCCAAUACAGUAUCAUCAGCAAUUACAGCUGCAAUUCCAAUUUCUUCGGUUUCUACAUCUACAUCAUCUUCAUCUUCGUCUUCAUCUUCGUCUUCAUCUACGUCUACCUCCUCAAGCUCGACUUCGACUUCAACACCAACACCAACUCCAACUCCAACUCCAACUCCAGCUCCAGCUCCAGCUCCAGCUCCAGCUCCAACUCCGGAGAGUACCACCCAAACUCCGCAACCAACCUCAACAUCGAUUAGUGUGGCCCCAGCAGUUGCGAGUUCACCGGCGGCCGUUGCGGUGGGAGGACCAGUGGUACAAUUGUCAAGUACAGCCACGAGUGCAGUUGAAUCAACGCCAAGCCCACCAAUUCCACCUCCCCCUCCCCCCCCACCUGGACCUGCACCAACCCCAGUAGCUACCACCUCAAGUGUAUCCAAAACUCAAACAACUUCGACAAGUAUCAGUACGACAACAUCACCUAGCCCGGCGUCUAAAGGUACGACGCCAACUGAGUCAUCAAGUACUUCCAUAGCAAUUGCUCAAAGUCAGAUAAGUACUACUGCUACAUCCACUCAUGAUCCUGCAAGCCAUGAUCCAGCAAGCCAUGAUCCCAGUGUCGGUCAUGCAACUUCAGUCACGAGUGCAACAGCAUCGUCAACACAGUCUGUUGAGUCAACAGCUGCAGGUGGAAUUUCUUCGUGGGGUCGUCUCAUGACUGCACCCGUAAUUGGAGGAAUACUAGGCGGGAUUGGAUUUCUUGCAUUAAUAGGAUUGAUCAUAUUCUGCUGUAGGAGAAGGAGAAAGUCAAAGAGAAAUUCUCUUCUCACACCUCUGACAAAUGGAACUCAGAACCAGUUCUAUGAUAUUGAUAAGAAGGCGCAAGGCCAGUAUUACGAUAUUUAUGAUGAUUCCGUAGGAUCAACGGGUCGAGGUACAAACCUUAAAGCACAAAUAGGGGGUGCCGCGACAAAUUUCGGCGCAGGUUUAGUUGGCAUAGGUUCUACUCUUAAAAAUCAUGUCCAAACAGGGAAUAGGCCAACUGUGAAUCUCGAUAGAGGGAAUUCACAGUUCUUUGAGGGCCCAAUUCCAUAUCAUAGCAGGAACAACUCUUCGGCAUCUGCGCAUGCAUUGCACUACGCCGCAAAAGAUCGAGCAGAUGAAUUCACAAAUAAAGUUAAAGGUGUAUUUCGAAAGAGUCCGAAAGAAGAACAGGAUCCUUUUGCAAUGGCACGCGGAAUGCCGGAAAAGCAGUCCAAUUUCAACAACCCGCAAGACUUUGGCAAUCUGAUGGACAUGGAUGAUCGUAAUUUAUUAAUGAAAGCUGAGCGCCGCCGUCUUUCUCUUUCUUCAAAUUCGGGCUCUGGACAAAUGUUUGGUAGCCUAGGCUUAGACUUCGGUAUCCCACAAGAUCCAUUUGCGGAUCCUGCUUCAAGAAACUUGAAUAAUAAUCCGUUUGCGGACCCGAACAAAUGGGAUUCUAUUUCUCGGCCUGGUCCUGCCAUUCCGAGAACCAACACAUACAUCAGCGACGUCCGUCGUUCUCGUGGCGAGUCAUUGGACAGUACCACUCGAGGUCAUAAAAAUGCACCGAGUAGCGUCUAUGGACCGGCCGCAUAUCGCACUCCAAGCAUUAGUAAUGUAUCACGGUAUCCCUCAAGUAUAGCACCCAGCACGGAAAGCUUUCGCGAUACGUUAUACUCUACAGCUUCCAAUAUCAACAAUACGCGUAGAAUGGCUGGCCGAUCUGACCCCUUCGACCUCGAGCGACCAGAGCUAUGGUUACCAAUGCUGGCAAACAGUACCCCAAAAUCAAAUGGCCCUGCGUUGUUUGAACGAGGUUCCGAUCUGUAUCCCGAUCCAUUAACGAUGCCCACCUUCAAACCAGGUCAGGAGCCAGUUGUGCCGAUUCAAAGAUUCGCGAGCAGCGACUCAAGAGUAGCAAGUCAAGGUACUUAUGAAAGUAAGUAUAGCAGUAGAACAUCAAUGGGUGACUGGGGGGAUCCAGGUCCAGAUGUAGGGAGUGGGCCGAGCAGUUUGGCUAGCCAAGGGUUUUAUGGUAUGAAUGGAAACAUGAAUCAACAGUGGGAUGUGAGGAGAAACGCGGAUAAUGUUAGCCUGAUGAGUGCUACAAGUAGUAAGGGAGGGGUUGGAAAGGCUAGAUGACGAUGGCGAUGAAGAUGAAGAUGAAGAUGAACAUGACUUUCUUUUAUUGAAUGGACCUUGGGAGUGUAAGCAAAAUAUACCAUUGGGGGUCCACGUACCAUUCGUUUAGUAUGGACUGGAACUGGAGUUAAUUGGCAUUUGAAAUCUUGAGCGAUGUAGCGAAUAUGCGAUUCUGUAUUAUUUUCAGAGAAUGUAGGAUGAGAAGACGGGAAAAGACUUGUACAAUAGGAGAUGACUAUCUCAACAUGGGAAUUGGGAUUGCUAUCCCAGGCGAGGGAGGGCAAGAAAGACAACCGCCACAACAUACUUAUUAUGGAUUCAUGGAGUAAAGAUCACCACAUACGAUAUUAGUUAUUUAUAGUCGAACAGUUCCGGCGAGAUUUCAUGUAUAUUCUUCGUAUCUUGUUUUUAGGUAGACAGCGAGGCAGAUCUAACUUCAAUCCUACCCGAAGGAGUGUAUGAAUACAUCUAGUCGUUAUCCCUGAAACACCACUCCUUGUGUUGUUUGAAACUAGGUAUACUUGAACAUUAGAAACA